GUGCCUUCAUGUUCCCCUACUUCAUCAUGCUGAUAUUCUGUGGGAUCCCGCUUUUCUUCAUGGAGCUCUCCUUUGGUCAAUUCGCAAGCCAGGGCUGCCUGGGGGUCUGGAGGAUCAGCCCCAUGUUCAAAGGUGUGGGCUAUGGUAUGAUGGUGGUGUCCACAUACAUCGGCAUUUACUACAACGUGGUCAUUUGUAUUGCCUUCUACUACUUCUUCUCGUCCAUGACGCACGUGCUGCCCUGGGCCUACUGCAAUAACCCUUGGAACACACCUGACUGUGCGGGUGUGCUAGAUGCCUCCAACCUCACCAAUGGCUCCCGGCCCAGCAUCCUGCCCAGCAACCUCUCCCAUCUGCUCAACCACACCCUGCAGAGGACCAGCCCCAGUGAGGAGUACUGGAGGCUCUAUGUGCUGAAGCUGUCAGAUGACAUUGGGAACUUUGGGGAGGUGCGGCUUCCCCUCCUGGGCUGCCUCGGUGUCUCUUGGGUGGUUGUCUUCCUCUGCCUCAUUAGAGGGGUCAAGUCUUCAGGAAAAGUGGUGUACUUCACGGCCACUUUCCCCUACGUGGUGCUGACCAUCCUGUUUGUCCGUGGAGUGACCUUGGAAGGAGCCUUCACGGGUAUCAUGUACUAUCUGACCCCACAGUGGGACAAGAUCCUGGAGGCCCAGGUUUGGGGUGAUGCUGCCUCUCAGAUCUUCUACUCUCUGGGCUGCGCAUGGGGCGGCCUUGUCACCAUGGCUUCCUAUAACAAGUUCCACAACAACUGCUACCGGGACAGUGUCAUCAUCAGCAUCACGAACUGCGCCACCAGUGUCUAUGCAGGCUUUGUGAUCUUCUCCAUCCUUGGCUUCAUGGCUAAUCACCUGGGUGUGGACGUGUCCCGUGUGGCAGACCAUGGCCCUGGCCUGGCCUUUGUGGCUUACCCUGAGGCCCUCACACUGCUGCCCAUCUCCCCGCUGUGGUCCCUGCUCUUCUUCUUUAUGCUCAUCUUGCUGGGCCUGGGCACUCAGUUCUGCCUCCUAGAGACACUGGUCACUGCCAUUGUGGAUGAGGUGGGGAAUGAGUGGAUUCUGCAGAAAAAGACCUAUGUGACCUUGAGUGUGGCUGUGGCUGGCUUCCUGCUGGGCAUCCCCCUCACCAGCCAGGCAGGUAUCUACUGGCUGCUGCUGAUGGACAACUAUGCAGCCAGCUUCUCCUUGGUUGUCAUCUCCUGCAUCAUGUGUGUGUCCAUCAUGUACAUCUAUGGUAAGCACGUGGCACCGAACUACUUCCAAGACAUUCAGAUGAUGCUGGGGUUCCCACCGCCUCUCUUCUUCCAGAUCUGCUGGCGCUUUGUCUCUCCAGCUAUCAUCUUUUUCAUUCUCAUCUUCACCGUGAUCCAGUACCAGCCAAUCACCUACAACCACUACCAGUACCCAGGGUGGGCUGUGGCCAUCGGCUUCCUCAUGGCCCUGUCCUCUGUCAUCUGUAUCCCACUCUAUGCCCUGUUCCAGCUUUGCCGCACAGAUGGGGACACCCUCCUCCAGCGUUUGAAAAGUGCCACGAAGCCAAGCAGAGACUGGGGCCCUGCUCUCCUGGAGCACCGGACUGGACGCUAUGCCCCCACCAUAGCCCCUUCUCCUGAAGAUGGGUUCGAGGUCCAGCCGCUGCACCCGGACAAGGUCCAGAUCCCCAUUGUGGGUAGUAAUGGCUCCAGCCGCCUCCAGGACUCCCGGAUAUGAGCACAGCUGCCAGGGGAGUGGCCCCAUCCCAGCCCUGCUCCCACCACAGAGACUGGGGAGGCAGAGGACAGGUGUCACCGCCUGCUUCCUGUCAACCUUGGCCACCACUGCUAGUGCAGUCAUUCGUGCUCAUGUCCCCAGUGUUUACAUGUCCUUUGGAUGCCAAGAUGGCAGCUGGGGGUGGGGAGGCAAUGGGAGAAUUCCUGGGGGGCUCAAAGCACUUUGGAGGGAUCUCGGGCCAGGUCCUCAGAGGCCUGCCAGGUUUUACAUGGCCUCUGAUACCCUCAAACACUGCCCUGAGCUGAGGUUCUGGGUUGCCCACCCCCUGCUCUCCUUCUUGGGCCCCAGCCUCAUGACCAGUGUUCCUGCCCCUAGAACAGACCCCAGCCUCUGCCCAGGCAAAUUUGGAUCUUCCUACUUGAGGCAGGUUGAGGGGCUGGGGGCUGCACAGUGUUAUUUGUCAGACUGUACCAUCCAGCCCUGUUUAUCCGUGCUAUUAUUUUUGUAAAAACUGUAUUAUCUGUGGUUCCCAUGCCCCAGCCCAGCCUCAGGUCCAAUCUGUCUUCCAGGCCUGCUUGCACCUCACUCAGCUCUGCCCCAGGUCUCUGUCCCUCAUUCCAACCCUGGCUGUCAGGCCCAGCCAGCA